GAAAAAGGUUUUGCAUGUUUUUUUGCUGUAAAAUCUGAAGAUAACAGCGCCAAUCAUCAUUAUAUUAAAUAUUUCGAAUAAAAUUUCCAGUGGAGGUUAUAUCUGGUACAGUUAAGAAUACAAGUGCAUGUUUUGCUUACGUUUGAAGAUUCAUUGCGCUUUAAACCCUGAGAGCUGUUCUAAUGAGUUCAGCAGGAGACAGACAGUGCUCCUGUAGGACGUCUCAGUCUCCCGAUCCUUCACAGCUGUAUGAAGACGUGAAAAUUGAGAUUUCAGAUGGAGGGACAUCCGAAGUAUCAAGAGUCUGUGUGAAGAAAGAGGAGACACUGGAGUUGAACAUCUACAACCAUGAAAACAACCUCGAAAACCCACCUGAAGUUCUCUCCAUUAAAGAGGAAGAUCCUGACAAUAAAUACUACCUCUAUUGUGAAGUUUGCAAAUCCUUCUUCUUUCACAAGUGUGAGCUUCACGGACCACCCCUCUUCAUCCCUGAUACUCCUGUUCUCAUGGGAGUUCCUGACCGAGCCAGGCAAACACUUCCUCCUGAACUAGAGAUUCGGAAGUCCGGUAUUCUUGACGCAGGCCUGGGAGUGUUUAAUAAGGGGGAGACUGUUUCAGUAGGUGCACACUUUGGACCCUACCAGGGAGAGCUGGUGGACAUAGAGAAAGCCAUGAAUAGCAGAUACUCCUGGGUGAUAUGCAGGAGCAGGCAGUGUGAAGAGUACAUAGAUGCCACAAGAGAAAUGCAUGCAAAUUGGAUGAGGUAUGUGAAUUGUGCUCGUAAUGAUGAAGAACAGAAUCUUGUGGCGUUUCAGUAUCAAGGGGGAAUUCUGUAUCGUUGCUGUCGACCCAUUAACCCAGAACAGGAGCUCUUGGUGUGGUAUGAUGAGGAGUAUGCCAAAGAACUAAGUCCUGCAUUUCACAAGCUCUGGAACAAAAAGUGUUCCAUGAAUGUUCUUUUCAUGCACAAGAUGACCUUUUUCCUAAUCACCCCACAUUUACCUAGACAAACACAUCCAGAGAUGCUACUAUGAAGAGUAUUUGAAGCCAUACGAAUUGGGAGAUUUUAAACACGGUCUUCAGAUCCCCUCCAAAGGCUUCAGUAGUCAGCCAACG